AUGUCAAGUAUCGAAGCAGCCCGAUGGCUCCUCAAGCCCACGGUAGCCAAGCCGUUCGCACGCAAGAUGGGGAUGGCGGCGCAAGUGGUCGAACGCACGUACAGACUGGUCGCCGAGCGCGUCCCAGUCUCGUUUGACCCGCGCGAUCUGUCGUCCCUGCGAGCGGUCGAGGCCGCCCACAAGCUCAAGUCGGGGGCGCUGGGCCGCGCGGAGUGGAUCAAGCCGAUGGAGCGUCGCUUCCCUGGACAGAGGACGGCACAUCUGAUGCUCACGGUAACGGGUAUCGAACAAGCCAACACUGCGCUGAAAGGGCUCUCUAUCGCAGGACGCAAGAUUCUAGUGCGCAGGGACAUGGAUGAGCCGAAAAGAUGCGCCCGGUGUCAAGCGUACGGGGGGCAUUUCGCCCGGGACUGCAAGGCACAGCACGACGUCUGCGCCAAUUGCGCGGCCGGCCACCCGACGUCUCAAUGCCAGGUGGCGGCGGACCCAUCCAGGUACCGCUGCGCAAACUGCAACGAGGAUGGCCACGCUGCGUGGGACCGCGCGUGUCCCGCGCUGCGUACGAGGGUGAGCGCACAGGUGCACAGGAAGGCCGACAGCGGCUUCCGCUUCUUCGUGACAAACGCGCCGGACACUUGGGUCUCGGACGAAGAAGAGCUGGCCAGAGCGCCUCCGCCGCCCACCGUCUGGUCGCAGGUGCGGCACCGGUUCGAAGAGGCCGACGGCGACCACCGCCCCUCGCAAGCCAGGCUCGACAGCUUUCUCGGAGCACCUAGGCAGCCGGCCGACUCUGACCCUCGCCAAUGA